AUGAACCCACAGAUCACCAACCUGGCCAUCAUGCUCAUCAUGAUGCAGGUCUCCCGUCGUCUCGAUAUGGAGGACCCCACCAUCGUAUUCUACGUGCGUAUUGCCUACUGCUCCAGUGUGGCGUUGGCGUGGAUCGUGUACCAAUUGGCCAGAUCCCGCAUUGUGCAAAAGAACGACCUAACCACGAUCAAGUUCGUGGCUCCAGCCAACGCCAUGGCAGGCGAGACUGAGGGCAAGCUACAGGUCACCACCGUCAGAGACUACGACUUGAAGGAACUCGACUCUGCCAUCAAGUCCAUCUACACCGGGCUCGCCAUGAUGGGCUUCAUGCACUUGUACAUGAAGUACACCAACCCUCUGCUCAUGCAGUCGAUCUCGCCCAUCAAGUCCGCUCUUGAGCACAACGAGGUCAAAAUCCAUUUGUUCGGCAAGCCUGCCUCUGGCGACCUCAAGAGACCAUUCAAGGCUCCUUCUCUCUUCGGCGGGUUCGGUGGUGCUCCAGCGGCCAAGACUGACAAGAAAUCCAUCGAGGAAGCCGAGAAAGCUGGCCACGGUGGUGUCAAGACUGAGUAG